GAAACACGUCGGACACAAGCUUCUUCAUCAUCCAUGGCAUCUUCUUCACAGGCGAAUGUCCCAUAUCUUCGUCCCGACACUAUUGACCAGACGGAGGUUGCUAUCAGCACCUACUAUAGGGAUUCGCAUUUUCCGGAGCUGGUUGAAACUUUAAAUGUGGUCGGCGAACAGUGCAAUGAAGGGUUAUUGGGAAGAUUUAGAGCAUCAUGUUUUGGGCAUUUCACUGAUUGGAGGCCCGGCCCGAAGAGCAAUAAAACAUUACACCAGAUUGUAUCGAGGCAGAUUGUGUCAGAAGCCGAUGAGAUGUGCUUCUUUCUGUGCGGAGCACGAGUCAGAUUUUUCCCUGCGGACUACGCAUUAGUGACUGGGCUCAAUUUCGGGGGAUCGAUGUUCGAUGCGACUUUACAGCACGACUGCAGUCGCGUGGAGGCAUACCGACGAUUCUGCGGUGGGCGAACCAUGACAAUACAGGCGCUCAUCAAACGCGUGUGCAAUUUGGAUCGUCGAGUGGAUGAUGAGGAUGGGAGCCUGUACCUUCGUGUUAUCCUCGUGUGUGUGGCUCACACCCUUGUUCUUGGAUUCCCCUGGGGCGCGUAUUCGUAUAAGAUGUUAUGCCAUUGUACGACAGAGAUAGGAACCGGCGAGAAGUAUCACUUCUACGGUCCUUCGUGGGCUUUAUAUGUCUGGGCAUUGGAGCGCGUCCCGGGCCUCGGACAGAUGGUGGCAGCAUCUAGCGGUGAUCCGACAGCGCACCCUCGAUGUUUGAGAUGGACUUUCAGGGGUAAGCCCCGGCUUCACGGUUUGCGAGAUCUAUUUGAGGGACAGGGUGGUGUCCUGCCCCUGGAGCCCGAUGGUGACGAUCUGGCGAGUCACUACUUCAUAUCAGCGCUGACAUCGGGCGAACUCUCGCACAUCGGAGCCCGUGUUGUGGAGGAGCGCGGGGACGAGGAGGAUGUACCUAGACAACCUCGUAUGACUCGUAGUCACAGUGUUCGGGGCCCUGUGAGGGAUGCUUGA